GAUAUAAAGAUGACAAAAAAGACGAAGACUUCUAUAAAGGACAUGGUCAUGGUUAUGGUGACAAAAAAGAUGAUAAACAUUACAAACGCGGUGAAAAAGACGAUGAAAAAGACGAUAAAGAAGACGAAGAUUGUGAUGACGAUGGAAAAGACUAUGACGACAAACAUGAUGGACAUGGUGACAAAAAAGAUGGUAAACAUCACAAACGCGGUGAAAAAUACGAUGAAAAAGACGAUGAAGAAGACGAAGAUUGUGAUGAUGAUGUAAAAGACUAUAAGGGAUAUGAUCAUGACGACAAACACGAUGGACAUGGAUAUGGUGACAAAAAAGAUGGUAAACAUCACAAACGCGGUGAAAAAUACGAUGAAAAAGACGAUGAAGAAGACGAAGAUUGUGAUGAUGAUGUAAAAGACUAUAAGGGAUAUGGUCAUGACGACAAACACGAUGGACAUGGUGACAAAAAAGGUGAUAAACAUCACAAACGCGGUGAAAAAGACGAUGAAAAAGACGAAGAUUGUGAUGACGAUGAAAAAGACUAUAAGGGAUAUGGUCAUGACGACAAACACGAUAAAGGAUAUG